AGUACUUGCAGUCUGGAAUCUUCCUCAUUAGGAAUUGUGUGCGUUGAUGCAGACUCCUCAAGCCAACAUUCAGAAGAACCCCCUGAAGAAUGGUUCUUUGACCACCUCUUUGAUACUUCUUUUACAUAAAUUUUGUGUCUGACGUCUUUGACUUUGAUGGCAACCAACCAUCAGCCAUACAUCCUUGCUUUACAGGUGUUGUCAUUAUGAGAAGGGUUUGAAGCCCCAUCAGGAACAGGACUGCAAUCGCAGAACACAUCAGAGAGGACCUGCCACCUAUUGAGAAAAGACUGGAAGAGGAUGAGCGCACCAUGGAUGCCUCUGAGGUUCUGGAGGAAAGUCUACAGAACAUGAGCAUCCAGGAUGCUGAAACCCAGCUCAUGAAUGAGCAGGAGAUAAAUGACCUAAUGAACAGUGUAAUUGAUUGGGGUGACAGUAAUGAUGAGGAGAUUGAAGCAGAUGACAGUGAAGAUGAGGACUAUGUCCCUCGUAUUUGUAUUCGGUUGGAUGGAGCAUUGCAGGCACCACCAUGCCUUGACAAUCUGCCUGUGAUAGAUGCCAGUGAGACAGUACAUGACAUCCCGGAUGUAGAGCCUCCAUCAGUCACCUUACCUCCACUUCAACAACCUGACUUUCCUGAUACACUGUGCGUCAUGACUGAAGAUGACCUAAUCGGGAAACGGGCCUCCAUCACUUAUGAGGACUGUUUGAAGCAGCUUGCAACAUUCCUUGUGCUUCCAGUCCAAAGAUGCCCAUACACAUGUGACGUCAGCCAAGUGGAGUGUCAGUGUCGCCCUCCAUUUGAAGUUUCCUUUACGCGCAGGGGUACUGCAAGCAUCAUGGAAUGGGACACGUACGGUAUAGACACUGUAAAGGAGUUUUGGGAGGAGAGGAGGGCUGAGGCAAUACAUCGCCUAAAAGACAGAGAUGUGGUGAUAGUAGCGGAUGGAAGAAUGGACAGCCCUGGACAUUGCGCCCAGUACUGUACAUACACUGCCAUGGAGAACGAAUCCAGGGAAAUCCUCUCCGUCAUCACUGUGGACAAAAGGGAGACUGGGCGAAAUUCUGUGAUCAUGGAGAGAGAGGCAUUUGUGCGGACAGUGGACACUCUUUUGAAUGAAGUCAAACUAGUGGAGGUCUGCACUGAUGCCCAUGUCCAGAUCUCCGCACUAAUGAAGGAGGCUGCCAGCAUGCAGACUUGGAAUCUGGUGGAGCUCAACAGUGGCUUGAGCGAGGCUCCAUGGCACACGAGGCUCUGAAGAGCAUCGUUCGAAACAAGCGGUGGCUUAAUGAGGUCCACAAAUACCUACACUUUAGGUCUACUGUUGAUCUGGAGUCCUUCCAGAACCAUAUUUUAAUGUACACUAGCAAGCGCACAGCAUUUAGCCCUCCUGUCUUUGAGGCCAGGAUGCUCCUUGCAGCAAUAGACUACAAUUACCACAAGGACUGCCCAGAGUUGUGCAAAUCUGAUGGAAGCAAACAGUAAAGGAGGCUGUACAAAAAGAAUGCUCGCAGGUAUAUGCUUUACACUCUGAAGGCAUCCAAGACGUAUGGCUACAUCCCAGAACUGCAAGCUAUGAUCCUUCAAAAGAGAUUAGCUGGUAAGGGGAUGCCCAGACAGAGGACACUACGACCUGAUGACCCCCGAAGGUACGGCCUACUUCCCCCUGUGCCGGCACCAACCAUUGAGGAACUCCUGCACACCCAAGUCAGGAGAGGUCUUGGUGGGCCAAGCACAGGUGUGGCACAGGUGUAGCGCGACGUGUGUGAUUACUUCCUGGAUCGUGGGCUUUAAGAUCUCGUCAGACCUGGUUGUGGAGGCCGCCGCUUAUCCUCCUCUCCCGCACCAUUUUGGCUAUUUGUUUCUUUACGCACGACACCUCAAUUCUCAUAUCGCAUACACUUUUAUUUCCCAACCUAUCAUUUAUACUGACUUUACUUAACCUACGUUGUUAAUCCUUUAACUUAAAUAAAUACAUAUUUUUAUACGGCAAAAUCCGCGUGGUCUUCCCUCUCUGGUUACAUAGCCUAGUAGGCAGGAUGUAACACUAGCUCCGCCUA